GUUGCUGUCGCGUUAUUUGUAUUGCCUUUGAGUGAUUUUGUCGUUCGAUUUGUUUCUGGCGUCGCUUGUUCAUCGUUUCAUGCUGUUUGUCUUGGUGCCUCCAUCAUUGGUGAAUAUCAUUAUCAGUUUUAUGCUGUCGUUAUUCAUAUUGCCUUUGCGAAUACUAUUUCGUCGUUGUUGGAGAUGCUAUUAGCCUUGAUAUUGGAUGUUGUGGGUGGUUUGAUUAUGCCGUUCAAAGUUGAAUAA